AUGAAGAAAAAUAAGAAGAAGAGGAAGAAGAAGAAGAAGAAGAAGAAGAAGAAGAAGAAGAAGAAGAAGAAGAAGAAGAAGAAGAAGAAGAAGAAGAAGAAGAAGAAGAAGAAGAAGAAGAAGAAGAAGAAGACUAAAAGGGGGAUGAAUAGCUUUCACCCUCCCUCAAUUUUCAUCACCAGUCAACCAAUCAUCACUCUGGAUCAUGAAGAUAGGAGGACUGAAACUGAAGGAGUUGAGUAAGUCCGGCCGCAACCCAAAAGCGGGAAAUUCGCAAAAGUGAGAGUUCCGAGAUUAGAUGACAGGGUUUAUAGGCGUUCAGUGAUCCACAAUUGGACUCUAGGUGGAGACUUUAUAGAUGAGAGCAGUAGGGCUUGUAUAGUUUGUGCAACAAAAGGCGAAGGCCCACAAGGAAGGCCGCAUUAUUGUGUCAACCUUGAUAGGGGCUGAAAUACUCUGUUAGAGGAGGAGCAUUCACGGCGCGUAAAGAAAGGGGAUCAGAUCGUGCGUCACACAAGAGGCGAAAGUCGAUUUCUGUUCUGUGGCUGCGGACAGGCCCAUAACCACUCUCUCGGACUGGUCUAGCAGAUAAACCACGAUGACCACGGGAUAAGAGAGAGAGAGAGAGAGAGAGAGAGAGAGAGAGAGAGAGAGAGAGAGAGAGAGAGAGAGAGAGAGAGAGAGAGAGAGAGAGAGACCGAUUCUACAAAAUUCUCCCUCACUGUAGCCAAAACUGUACGCAAGUCGCCGCUGCCUCCUCAGACCUUUUUCCCACUGAGAAGAUCUUAACUAUUUGUACCGGACUAGAACGCCAGGUUUCCCAACUUCUGAGCAAAAUGUAAAGUCUCUGGCCAACUGAGGCCUUCGGAACAGCUGUUCUGAUUAAGACCCAAGGCACAGCGAACUUAGGGAUCUAGCUGUCUUCAAUAUCUAACAUAUGCGGCAGGAGAUUUUGAUAGCAAAGCCCAGUAAAAACCUUUCUACUUGAAAUCGGACACCUUGAUGGAAUGCCAUUGGUCGGUUGGUCACUUGUGCGUGUGACGUGAUAAUACGUCUGCCGACCAGCACAAGCCUAUUGUUCCCUAGUUCCCCCGAUUGUAAUACUAGAGGGCUGUGUUCAGUUUCCUUUCGUUACUAACGCGUGAUCUGAUGCCUCUUCCCUCAACAUCGUGAUCCGCGACUAAUAGCGCGCUCGUCGCCAGGACGAUUGCGCAACCGAGUCACCAACGCUCGGUCCGCCAAUAAAAAUGGUCACAAGUGGGUGUGGCAACACCAGGAACGGAAGGGGGGAGAAGGGGAUGCGUCGGAAGUGACUUGAAACACGAGUACGCUAGCAACACCGGGGUAAGAAUCAUAUGGAGCGUCUGACAAGGGUUCAUGUAAAUCUCUUGGAUAUUUCUGUUUCAGGUCUAGCCUGAUGUGCAGUAGUGAUCACAAGAUCACCGAAACUGCCUUCUCGAAAUUCCAUACAAAUAUUAUUAUAUCUUUUAUUGAAGUGGGCAUUAUAAGUCUUUUCAUUCAUCUAUGGAAGCUCACUCAGACGAUGUCAACAGACAAAAUCAAAAUUCGAAUAUAACGGACAAGCAAAUAAAAGCUGGGUUAAGUGAAGCAGACACUAACACAGCAAGAAUCGAACCACUGUUAGGACGCCUGGCUGUGACAAUUGACUGUGUAUGCCAGCCACCAGGAAGUCGACAAUGCCUGGGUUUAAUAGUAUUGUUAAUUAUGGCCCAGUGUUCCGGUUGAAAAUGCAGAAAGUCUAUAAAGAAGCAGGACACCACAGGGAAGAGGUAUAAAUGGAAUAUUUCGAAUAGAAAUCAGACCCCAACCAAGUGAAUUCGAUGUAUGCGGCGAAAACCAGUAACCUCUGAACAGGCAUAAUUCCAUGAUAAUUCAGUUACUUCAGGAUGCCGGUUUUUGAAUGAACAUCUUUCGGGCCGCCGGCAAAAAACUGCACUCUGUAAGAAAUGGCAACUUAAGCAGUAUGAACUUUUAUCAUUGAUUUUCGAUGCCAUUAUAGAUUCAAAUGUACUUCAUAGGAAGCAUAUAUAAAAAUAUUCGUUCUUUCACUCAUGUGGUAGAAAUUUUGUCUUCCUUAAAUUUUAUUCUUGAAGGAGGGCUAUAUUUCAGUUUUAAAAAGUUCCUAAUAAUGAUAUUUUUUAGGAUCGUGAAAUGCCCGUCCACAAAACAUCCUGCUUCUGCACUUACUAAUGUUGCUUGUAAAGUUUACUAUAUGGCUCAAAUCCUCUGCCAAAUUUCAUGAAACCCAUAUAGUCUCCUUUUAAUACCGCACACAGAAAAUGUACAGCUUGUAGUUUCGAAACCCUGAAAGCAAAUGUAACGGGGGGGGGUCGGGUUAAAUAUUAGUCGGGGAUUGGAAAAGUCAUUUAAAAUUGAAUUAUACCCUUAUUUUGGGUAUAAAAUUUGAAGAAUGUUUAAUUUUCUACCAAAUGAGUAAAAGAAUGAAUAUUUUGUAUGCAUGUUUUUUUAUGAAAUGCAUUUGAAUUUAUAAAGGUAUCGAAAAUCAAUGAGAAAAAUGCAUGCUACAUAAGUGGUCAUUUUUUACAGUGCGUGGUUUUUCAUGCGGCCGGAAAGAGGCCGGUAUCCUGAAAUUACUGGAUUAUCAUGGAAUUAUGUCACACGGCGAUUAAUAUUACAACCCUACGGAGGUAAUCUUUUCGAGUCGAGAACGCAUUUCAGAAUUUUGGUUAACAUUUCGUGAGUUCAUAUUGACCCAACUGUGAAAAACUCGACGCCUCGGUGGGAUUCGAACCCACGCAGUAAGGGGGAAGGCUUUAGUACAGCCAACGCUCUAACCACCUGAGCUACGAGGUGGUUAGAGCGUUGGCUGUACUAAAGCCUUCCCCCUUACUGCGUGGGUUCGAAUCCCACCGAAGCGUCGAGUUUUUCACAGUUGGGUCAAUAUGAAUUAUUUAAAAUCUGCCAAAAUAUCAAUGAAUUUCGUGAGUUAGCACAUCUACUGUAAGUGGUAUUAUAAGCACAAUCACAAUAUGCGAGAGGGUUAUCUCAGUUAGAAUGUCUGUCGGUCAAGGCGAUCAAAGUAAACCGAAAUUACUGAUCCUGCUUAUCGUUAAACCAUUUGCAGAUAGGUGGUCGUGGUUAGAUGCGGUCGCUUCCAAGUAAAUGUGUCACAUAGAGGAAAGCUGGCAUCCAGCGUUUUAGGAGGGAGUAGGCAAGGUAGAGGAUUCGUCCGAAAUCGUGGUCCUUAAUUGCUCACUCCACAUCUCAUAAGUAUGUUCAGCGGCAACAUAACCCCAUUAAUAUGACAGUUCGAGCGUCGUUACUAUGUUCGCCCUGUAUCCCACAGCAAGGUGGGCAUAGGGGGCAGCGGCUCGCGCGCGAAUUUUUUUAUGCUACAAGUGGACUUGCGUUGCAUCUAUCGCACCCUCCGCCUACGUGUCCGUCAGUUGGCAGUCUUUCAAACCUCGACUUUUGGAGCACCGUGACAGUGUAAAAGUGCGUCAGAUUGUUUUUUUUAGGGACGAAUGUGCGUUGAAGGCCCGUCUGCAUUUGCCAUACACGACCUGGUCCCUCGCACCUGAUUUCACACAUGCGUAAGACUGCCAUUGAGGUCACAUUAAGAGGAAGCCAUUGUGUCUGACUAUCAGUCCACCAAUCAGUCACUCUACACAAACUCACGCAGGGUCGACUACUAGGUCUGAGUUUCACCAUCAGCUGGCAGCCUUCCAAGCCAUGACAUUUAGCUCAUCGUGAUCGUUUCAGCGCGUCAGAUUUGCAAUGUUGAGGUAAAGGCUGAAGUGUUUUAGGGAUGGAGUCCCUUCCUUCUCCCAUGCAUCAGUCCAUUGUCAAAGUCGGCCGAAAUGUUAAUGCUGAGACUAGGUGCAGGACCAAAAACAGCCCGUCUGCGCGUGCCACACACAUGCCUCCCCCCGGCAGAGCGCAUCAGGAUUUCACGCAAGUGGGAUGGGCGGCUCACAUCUCGCAGACUUUAUGGUACCCUAGUGGCUACAUUGAGAAGGAACCAAGGACACGCUUCCGGGUCUGUGGUGUAUGACGUGGGGUGAGUUUGUGCGUGGUGUACAUGCCUGUGGAUAGAUGUGCGGUGUCUACUUGUAGACUCUCAUGAAGACGUAUAUGGCCGGGCAGGCCCAUGCAGUGACUGAGUGUCCGUGGGCACUUGAGGUGGGUUCGACGGGUAUAUAUCGGUGCUCCCGGCACUGGUUAGCCAGUCCCGGCGCAGCUGAUCAUCAAGUGACCGGCGAGGCCGAUGCGUGAUGUGCAUAUGUUGUGGCAGUCUGAACAAUAUAGGCUAGUGGCUGUUGUGUUGGUGUCAGUUUUGGUGCUGCUUGUGAUGACAACGUUAGUAGAGAGAGUGUUAAUAGCGUGUACAUAUGCCUGGGCCCUAGACACUGGUUCGUCGGUCUCAGCGCGAUGGUUUCGUAAGUGACCAACCAGACCGGUUCGAAGCGAAUCAACAUGGCCGAUGUUAGGGGCAGUGAUGGUGAGGAUGAGACUGGUGGGGCCUUUAGAGUGGGCGGGGGGGAGGAGAUUGUAGUCUGAUAUGUGUCAGUGUUUGUGGAGACGGUGGUGAUCCCUGUCGUGGACAUCGCGGUGGUUUCGGCAGGGGUAACAGUAGAGGCGUGUAUGGGGGCAGUUGCUGAAGUUGUCAUACAGUUGCACCGCGAGGCCGAUCUGCGCAAGGAAUGUCCAGCGUGGACACGUCGGAAGCGGGUUGUUGGGGCUGAGUGUCCGUGACUACCGUGUGGCCUUCCUCGACGAGGGCACUAAAGUCACCAGGGGUAAUCAGCUUUUCCCCCUUUGUCGCAGUCGCCAAGAGGACACACACGUCUUCGUAAAACUUGUUCCUCGCCCCUCUAGGAGAAAUUGCAGCCGGCACCCACCUCCUCCGGCAGAGCCUGUCCCGAGAAUCGGGUAUCAUUGAAGACAAUGAUGCCCACCUUGCAGCGCACCAGUACUGGAUAUCUUCAUAUGGUUUAGAUCGCUGACCGAGGCGGUUACCGGGGUGCUGCCACUAAGAAAAACCCAGCUUCAGGAAGCUGCAGAUUACAGUUAAAGGGCAUUCGGAACCGCCACCACCCCUUCACCGUUAACUCCCUAACUGGGUUCCCCGCUAACCCGCCCAUCAAAAAAGCAACAAAAGAAUAACUAAUUAAACACCGCUCUCCUCCUCCUUCUACUCUACAUCUCAACACUCCCCUUCUUGUGCUGCACGCCAUCGCCAGCGUCGCCGUUGUCAUAAUUGUCAUCAUGAUUCUCGUGCACCACGAAGUUAUCAAGACUACUACUACUACUACUACUACUACUACUACUACUACUACUACUACUACUACUACUACUACUACUACUACUACUACUGCUGCUGCUGCUGCUGCUGCUGCUGCUGCUGCUGCUGCUGCUGCUGCUGCUGCUGCUGCUGCUGCUGCUGCUGCUGCUGCUGCUGAUGAUGAUGAUGAUGAUGAUGAUGAUGAUGAUGAUGAUGAUGAUGAUGAUGAUGAUGAUGAUGAUGAUGAUGAUGAUGAUGAUGAUGAUGAUGAUGAUGAUGAUGAUGAUGAUGAUGAUGAUGAUGAUGAUGAUGAUGAUGAUGAUGAUGAUGAUGCUAUUAUCAUUACUAUGGCUAUUGCUAUGUGA